AUGCCAGACUCGAAAACAGAACAAGAGUUGCCUUCCCAACUAGAGCCUUCACCUUGGAAGAAUACGAAGCCCAAGAACUACAAAGAAACGUUCAAAGUACGUCCCAUCAUUGCUUGUUCUACCAGCCCCUGUGAGGAUGCCUCGAAGGCAUCCAUGGAUUGCCUGAACCGGAAUGACUAUGACCGGGACAAGUGCUUGGAUUUCUUCCAGGCUUACAGGGACUGUAAGAAAGCAUGGAUGGAGCAGCGGCGAGCAGACCGUCAAGCAGGUCGACGAUGA